AUGUCUUCCGCUACAAUGACCCUCGCCCGAGCCUUCACCAAGCGUACCAAGCGCAGCGUCGAACCCCAGACUCCUCAACGUGGUACAAGUGUCCGAUACGCACAUGGAACAAUCAAUCGCAGUCUCAUCUCGCUCCCCACAGAGCUGAUCUCGACCACCAAUGUCCAGGCCUUGACAGCUCCGGACAUUCGAAGUGCUUCCUCGUCGUCAGUCGGUUCGACCUCCUCUGCCAAUGAGUCUGAUUUCUCCACGAUCGAUCGAAGCUUCCUCAACCGCACCAGUCAUGAUUCUUCUUCCGUGGACAGCAGUGGCCCUGCAACCCCAGUCACACCUGCGACGGCUGACCUCAAAUCAUUCUUCGAUGCGAAGCCACCAGUAUCGGUUUUACCCGAGAUCGCUUCGCCGCCUAUCAUCGACACGCCUGCGAUCCCGACACGUGCUCCGUCCCAUUCCAAAAAGGCACACGUUGCAUUGUCACGGAAGAGGUCAAUUCAACGCAUGUCUCCACCUCCGUCGAGCCUUACCAAAUCUUCCGUCCGAGACAGCGCUGACAUCUUCACUUCGACCACCGACCCUAACCAUCCUUUUGGUAGGGAACUGGCGCAGGUGAACGAAAUUGCGGAGGAGUUUGGUGCUACCGCCAGACUCUUGGAUGAAGAGGAGCAGGAGAUCACGAGCAAGGGUUUGUGCAAGUUCGGGGUGGAGGAUUACCUUGACGAAAUCGCUGGGUUGUACGGCGGUAUCUUCGAGGGCCAACUCGGCACAUUGGCAAAGCCGUGGAUCUGA